AUGAUAUGUGAAGUCCCUCUUCAAUCUUACCUUUCCUUCAACGACCCAUUGUUUGAGCGUCUCAAUUCCCAUGGUGGAAAGCAGCCUUUUAAGGGUGACUGUAGAAACAUAGAAGAUGUUGACAACUGCCUCUGCCUUGUUGAGAUCGAAGACAAGCAACUGAAGGCACUUCGCAGCCUUCUUCUUUCACUAUUAAGAAUGAUAACAAUCCUUUUGAUGAGACCACCUCUCAACAAGGAGAUGAACUCUGAUCCCAAAUACUCGACAAUUCGCUUCAAACUCACUUACAGUUUUCUAAUCAUGGCAAGGAAGAUGCUAAUUGAUGGGGAGCUAGGCAAUGCUACUGAAGAAGAGGCUCACUAUGACUUUGACUUGUUCGUGAUUGGGGCCGGAAGUGGCGGUGUUCGGGCUGCUCGAUUUUCAGCUCAGUAUGGAGCUAAGAAGGUUGGGAUUUGUGAGCUUCCAUUUCAUCCAAUCAGUUCAGAAGUUGUUGGAGGCGUUGGUGGAACGUGUGUCAUUCGUGGUUGUGUUCCUAAAAAGAUUUUGGUCUAUGGAGCAUCCUUUGGGCCGGAACUUGAGGAUGCCAGGAAUUAUGGGUGGGAAUUGAAUGAGAAGAUUGAUUUCAAUUGGAAGAAACUUUUGCAGAAGAAGACAGAGGAAAUAAUCAGGUUAAAUGGAAUCUACAAGCGAUUACUUUCAAAUGCGGGGGUUAAACUGUUUGAAGGAGAGGGAAAGGUAGUUGGUCCUAAUGAAGUUGAAGUGACACAACUGGAUGGUACUAAAUUGCGCUACUCGGCAAAGUACAUAUUGAUUGCAACUGGGAGCAGGGCUCAGCGUCCAGAUAUUCCUGGGCAGGAGCUGGCUAUUACAUCUGAUGAGGCUUUGAGCUUGGAUGAGUUACCUAAGCGUGUUGUUGUACUAGGGGGAGGGUACAUUGCUGUUGAGUUUGCUUCAAUAUGGCGUGGGAUGGGUGCCACGGUGGAUCUAUAUUUCAGAAAGGAACUUCCAUUGAGAGGCUUUGAUGAUGAAAUGAGAGCAGCAGUUGCAAGAAAUCUAGAAGGCCGGGGAAUUAGUUUGCACCCAAGGACAACCUUGACGGAGCUGGUUAAAACUGAAGAUGGCGUAAAAGCUCUCACAGACCAUGGUGAAGAAUUGAUUGCGGAUGUUGUACUAUUUGCCACUGGUAAUUCCAUGCCCUCUUUAUUUGAUUUUUUUUAA